AUGGAACUCGAGGUUUCGUUGUUAUUGCGGCGAUGGCGGUCGAAUGUGGGCGGAGUGGAGGAGUUCAGAGAAGUGGGAAUUUAUUCCAUUGCCAACGCCCGGAGGAGACAGUUCGCCACACUCAACCUCACCCACGCACUGCCCCCCGUCCAACUCCGCCGUCUCUUGACCAUGGCCUUGAUCGUGGUCUACCACUACCUGGAAGUCAAUGCUGACGACGACGGCAAGGCAUCUCAGAAGUCACAAGCUACGAAUUCGGCCAAAAUGGAGUGGACUACGACCAAACUUUUGCAAUAUACCUCGAAAGCCAUCAUUUGGCGCAACUAUCACCUGCAGCACAACUACACGCAGGGGAACGGGCGCAAAUAA